AUGUUUGGAGCCGGUGCCCCACGACCACCGGUCCGUCGGGAGGGUGGCACAGUCCCGCCCCACCGGGCUCACGGCAUCGGGGACAGGGCUCUCCGGGGACCUCCCGGACCCAGAGGCCUGGGUACCCACUUCUCCAGCGGUCAGGGAAACAGCACGGGGGAGCCAUCUAGUGCUCGGCUCUGCCAGGGCCAGUGUGAGCCACCCAUGUCAGUCCCCCCGGUGCCUCCCUGUCUGAG